GGUCACUAGAAAUAGAUAUGCCCUAAAUUUGUGCGUUUUAGUCGAUGUCUGUACAUCGGCGCAUGGUCGUGGAAUCCAGACAUGAGAAAAAGUUCGGACGAUUGCAAUCACUUCCGCAUACAAUCACUUUCGCAUUCAGGUUCGAUACUAUACAGCGACAAGAACUUUGAACUUUUUCUCUCCACCACCAAAACGUGUACCUUUUCAGCAACAAGUUUGUUUCCGUACCACCUGAAGAUCGUUUUUGGCAGCACAUGAAAGUUUGUUAUUUGAGUAGAGCAGAAGUAACCACAAAAGCAAAAUUACGCCAAACUCUACUUCAAAUUCGUUGAACUUUUAGUUGAGCGAAAAUGGGCGAGCCUGGGACGCCAGCCGGCGGGCCGGACCCGAAGAAGGAUCUUCAGCUUAUUGUGAACGGGUUUUCCGCCCACCUCACAGCAUUAAACGGCAAGUAUUUCUGCACCGCGGGCACGAUCAACCACGCGCGGCCGCUGUUCAAGAAGGCGGGGCAGUUUCAGAAUUCCCAGGCAUCGAACAUAUACUACUGGGACGAAAGAGAUGGCCCGGAUCUGGCGGGAUGGUGGUGCGCGCCGGUUGUCGGCGGAGAAGAGGUUAGCAUUCUACUCGAAUUUGAUGUUCCUGAGCAAGCUGAUGAAAAAAUACGCCGUCAAAAAGUAGCAGCACAAGAUUUACAUUUGCAAGAGAAAAUGUUUGCAUCGUGGUCAGAAAAAGAAUGUCGAUGUUUGAUAUUUUCCCAAAUUUACCAUUCAUACACUAAGUACGUUCUUGAAGUUCAUUACGCGUGUCUAUUUGAUACGCAUUCAUCUUUUGACCACGAAGAUACACUGUCCCGAUAAGUCCUCCUCUUUCUUACGCACAGGUCUGGGCCCACAACCCGGAGCAGUCGGCACUCCCCCCGGCGACCGGGUGGCGGGUUCCCUGGCACCGGAAGGAGCCCGAUCCGAAGGUGAAGAUGGAGGUCGGAGAGGCCCCCGUGAUCCACAACCCCGUCGCCAAGGCCCCCACCAAGCGCACCGACGAAACGGGCGCGCCCGACGCGAAGCGGCAGAAGGUGGACGACCAGGCGAAGUUCCGGAAAUUCGGCAUGAACAUCACGGACGCGUUUCCCCGGCUGCAGUGGUGCAAGCAGAACCUGCUGAACCGCAUAAACCCCCCGCAGGUGGUGUUGAACGCCCUGAACCCAAGCACCGCGUUCAACUUGCGCGCGCUGCUCCUGCAGGCGGAGACCGCGAUUCACAACUGCGAAAACGCCAGCUUCGACGGGUACCCGGAGGAGGUGGUGCAGCAGUUCAAGGACAACGUGGAGACGCUGCGGAAAGAAAUUAUGGAGAUCAAGGACAACUACGAAAACGGCGCGCAGAACGGGCUGAAGUUCGUGGAGGAGACCGCGGUGCAGCACAUCGACCAGUUUUUGAAUGAGGUGGACAUCGGCAUCCAGGAGAUCAAGGAGCGCGACUUCGCAAAGGUGGCCACUACAGCAACGAACAAGGGCAAAUCGCCCCGCGUAAAGCCGCAGGACAAGAGCCAGAAGACCCCGCGGGUCGACGGGAACGCGCACAACCACGGGCUCCAGAUCAAGCCGUCUUGUCUGCAGUCCAAGGCCAGCGCGAGGGCGUGCGUCAAGCACUGCAACCUGAUUCUGAAAAAACUGUCCGCGCUCGACGAUACGAUGUUCACCAAUAUCCAGGAAAGAAAGAUUGUAGGUGUAACUUUCUUGGAGGAUUAGCAUGACAAAUAUCUCUGGCAUAACAGCAAAAACCUGUCAUGCGCAGAUAGUACGGGAAAACGCCGCUGAAUGGACGCUACAAUGCAGGCACAGCAUGAAAGGCUCAAUCAAUUUGCAUUUUGCGCAUCACAAAUUUACACUAACAACCUUUUUUUCUUGGAUGACCAAGUGCCGGGAAACGCUGAAGAAAGCGCUGGAUACCGUCAAUCUGAAAAACAUCAACGAGAAAUUGGACCACGACGACGAAAAGAAAAACGAAGAGAAAAAGGCCGCUAUUGAAGCUAUCCAAUGGCAAAUGUCGAUCUGGGUCUGGAACAUCGCAAGGUUUCUCAUGCUUGAUAUCUGACGUGGCUCUGAGCUGAGCUUUGUGGUGCGUGUGCACGAUAAUAAGUUCAACUACAACUAGAAAGGCUUCCCUUUUUAUCCAUGCGGAAUUAUACGCAGCACCACAGAGCUGUUCAGAAACUUUUCAUGCUCAUUUGCUGUCGAUUGCAGUGAGCUGCUCGUCCUCAUCUUCCACGUACUUGCAUCAAUAGUGUGGAGGUCCAGACCCCUGAGUCAUCAUUUUUGCAGUUCAUAGAAGCCUUGAAGGUGAAGAAGCCGCUGAUUGAUGAGUUGCGGCAGAAGGUGAAGGAGAAGUACGCAGAGUGGCAGCUGACGGACAAGCAAAUUCGGUUUGACGUGAAAGCGAAGGCGAAUAGUGUGCUUGUGGAGGAACAGAUCGCGGAGAAAAAGGUGGAAAUCGAGCAGGAGCGGGCGGAGCGGAAGAAGUUUCUGCAGAGUAAGGACACCGAGGUGCUGGAAGUGCUGUUCUACAUCGAGAAAGAACUGCUGGAUCUCCAGUCUGUUCCCGGCCGGGGCGCUGCUUCCCUGGAAAACGAGACUGAGGAUGACAGCGAGGUGUACGAAGACAACGAAAAGAGCAAGGAAGACCGCUACGCCCACGUUAUGGAGGUAGCCGAACAGUUGAAAAGCUACUUGAACAGCGAGGACUGCCUCAAGAGCACGCACUUCGUCGGGAAAAGCGGGAAAUCCGCCGACCAGGGGGAGAAGGAGGUAUGAAUAGUACAGUUUUUUUUUUGAUAAACAGGAUGUCUUUAUUCCAACUCCAGCUGUUCCCUGAAUGAAGAUCAGCGGGCUAAGUAUACUUAAUUGCAGCUGCUUUGAAUUCAACUUGAGCUUGGCUUGUGUGAUGCAACUUCUGCGACUGUGUGCGACGAGGAACAACCCGGCGCAAAGGCGCGUAAGAGCUGAUCGCGAAAUCAUACAUAAGAAUCAAAAAACCUACAUACAAAAUUCUAUACAGCAACUGUUCCAAUUGUCUUACCGGAUGAUGAACAAAUACUCCGCGCGGUUAACGGCCGUGCAGAAGAAGAUUCAGAAGUGGAACUUGGAUCGUGCCCAGUACGAAGCGACCAAAAACCUCGACCUGGACGUGCGACUCAGCAUGGCGAUUCAAACGUAAAAAAUUCAGCUUUCAGUGGGCUGGUUUUUCAUGUACAACUAAUAUUUCGACACGACCUUCAUGGAUAGGAGUAGGCCUCCGUAGCAGUAGAUGACAGUAUUCUUUCCUGAGGACUACGUGGAAACAUGUUGUCAUCAGUAGAUUUUCGCAACUGCAUCUCACGGUAGCAUCUCGAGGGUCAUGAUCAUGUCAAAAGCAAAGCGAGAUGAGUUUGUGUUUGAUUUGCAAAAACAGGUACAUCACGGAGACCUUGGAGUCCGACAAACCGGUGGGUAGCAAGGAACAGGAACAGGAGUUUUUCGACAAGAUGGUGGGAAACGACAAGGUAAAGCAUGCGCACAUGAGGCGCAAGACUAUUGGGCACGAGGAGAUCUUCGAGUUUCUAGCGAGUGAAUGCAUCGGUGACGCGGAGAUGUGGAACCGCAUCCCCACCUUGUUGAACAGGUGCUACGAGCUGCGCGAUCAGGAACUCACCGAGAAAAAGCCGGGCGCGAAGAAGACCGAGACGGGCAUGGAAGGCCAGGACGAGGACACCGGCCCGCAGAAGUCGGAGUACGCCCGCGUAAACGCAGGAGAGGUCUUCUGCGAAGACUUUUUCCUUUACCUGGGAAAGGUGCACCUCAUGUGCGAGAUCGAGGUAAACGUAAAACUUCUCUUACUGGUCGUUUUUGAGGUUGCCUUGGUUCGGCGGAAAAAGAGCUUCUUUCCCACACGUCACACGCUGCAAGGCAUCAAACCCGUGGGAUUUCUGCACUAGCAAUCUCGCGUAGUUAUUUUGCAUUAAUUUUACCGAAGAUUUCAAAUGCAAAAAUCAAAAUCCUAUAAUGUACUUCCUUGCAUAAUCUACUUCACACAGACCCUCCUGACCGCAUCGAGCGACAACUGCAACACGGCUGUGCCAAAAGACGAAAAGCAGUCUGACGAGUAUAUUGGGAAGAUCCAGCCGAACGAAGUGCUCACCGCGCUGGAACCACCUCAGAUGGUCAAGGCCGGGUUCAAGCGGAUCCGGGUGCGACGGGCGCGGGACGGCGUCGAAGGUUGGGUCACCAUGCGGGGCGGCCCCGAGAGGACGCAGUAAGAAGUUUUUUUCGAAGAAUAGAACUGCGACUUAAGAACCAGUUCGUAGACUUACGACUUAUUUUUUCGAUUACGAACCACGAGUCACGAACUGCGACAAAACAUGGAUGACGAGCCUGGAUCAAUUCUACCUCCGAUCUGAAGUUGUCUAUGAUGAGUUUCGCCGUUUUUUGCUUGUGAUUUGUAUAUAAAAAAAAAAAAGUUUUUUUCGAAGAUUGAUGUGGUCGAGAUGUUGUUUCAAUAACAUUUCUACCCUUGCGACUUUUGAUACUGGUUCUCCCAUGAAAAUGAGCAAAACGAAAUCCAAAUCCGAAUCGUCAUAAUAUGCCCCCCCACACACACAAAUACAACACCUGCAGAUACGUGACCCCCCUGGACCCGCAAUUUCUCCUGCAAAAGGAUUCAUGUCCCUUGUACGAGCUGCCGAUUCCGCCGGAGCUUGAAUUGCCGCUGCCAGAGGACCCGGCUGCUGCGGAGGCGGGUGCGGAGGCGCCGGCCGAGGGGGAAGAAGGAGCUCCUGCAGCUGCCCCCGCCCCGCCGCCGCCGGCCCCGAAGCCCGCCGCGCCGAAGAAGCUGCAGGUGCAGCGGCUGCUCACGCGGGGGGAGCGGAUUUUGGUGCUGUCAUCCGACAAAACCAGUAAGGUAAUGAGCCUCAAGGACGGCAUGGUGGGUAUGAUCAAGGACAUCAAUGUGGUCCGCGAGCUGGUGCCGGACGUUGAGAACCACUACUGGCUGAAGAAAACCCGGUCCAAGUCGAAGGAGAAAUUCACGAAGGAGCGGCUGAAGCAGGCGGCGAGCACGAAAUUGGACUGGAAGAAGAUCCAGCCCAAGUUGCAGGACUUGUGCAAGAUGAUUCUGCUUGACGUGAACAGCGCCGCGACCGAGCAAGUCCAGGCCCUGCGGUUGCAGGCAGCGGAGGCUUUGGCGGAGAUGGUGGAGAAGGAGGAGGAACUGCGGGAGUUCGAGAACGUAUGGAUUGCAAAAAUGUCUGGGUCUGGAAGAAAGCAACUUGUGAUGCUAUUUUUGGAAUCUAAGAAAAUCUGUAUUGCAUGAGCAGCAAGAGGCGUCCAGUUUUUGGUCCGCGGAGAGGGCAUUUGUCAUGCGGGAUAGGCAUCAAGAUACCCGCAAAAAAUCUGUCAUGCUAGGUCAUACAUUACAGGCAUCAUAGCCCAUGCGAAAUAUGCAUGACAAACCUGGAAAUCUUCCAGACCCAGACAUUUUUACAUUUGAUAGAACGUGGACAAAUACGACGCGAAAACCCGGCUGGAAGCCGUGCCGGACCAGUCUAUCAAGUGUAAAAAUGUCUGGGUCUGGAAGAAUGCAACUUGUCAUGCUGAUUUUGGAUUCUAAAAAUAUCUGUAUUGCAUGAGCAGCAAAGAGAGUCCAAGUUUUGCUACACAGAAAGAGCAUUUGUCAUGCGGUAAAGGCAUCAGGAAGCCCUCACAAAAUCUGUGAUGCUAGGGCAUGCAUCACAGACAUCAGAAGUCAUGCAAAAUGUGCAUGACAAACCUGGCAAUCUUCCAGACCCAGACAUUUUUGCAUUUGAUACAGUCGACGAUCAAACAAAUGGCCCGGGAGGCGCAGGACAAGCUGAAAGCGGUGGAACAGGCGGCACGAAAAUCCUUCGAAAUACUCGCAAAAUACGACGACGACCUGAAGGUGGUGUAUGAUCCUGAUGGUAAGUAUUCAUUUCAGUGAUCAUGUGAUUCGUUUGCCUUGUUGCCACGACCUUGGCUGCGGAUCGGAAUAGAUUUUGUCAUAGAUCAUGGAAGGGAUCGAUCUAUGUCGGGUUAAACCGCAUCAAGUACAGAUACGGCGCACCAACAUGUUUCUGAUCCCGAUUUUUACGUGUGAUACGCAUGUUUCAGUAUGCAAGAGAUAUUUAUAUUAAAAGUGAUUGUCGCACUACAACUCAAUAUCGAACAGCCGCGAACCCGGGUUCUGUUUCUCCUCACGAUACUUCCCUCUCCGUCUUGACGCAGCUGAAGCAGCGCCUCAACAAGGUGAAGGAGAAGAAGACCGAAUUCGAGGCCCACCUGGCGGAGCAGCAGAUGCGCGUGAGGGCGAUCCAGAAGAAGCUGCAGGACUGGAAAAGUAUGCUUGUCCAACUGGUGAAAAAGGACGAAGCGUUGUCGCUGUCCGCACUGUGGCGGGGACAGACGGAGGGACGAUUGCAGCAACUGGAAGAGCUGAAGCACUUUGAGGUGAAGGCCUUCAAGUCCUCCGGCGGCGAGACGUUGACCAUGACGGACCUGGCGCGACUCAGCACCGCCAAUUUCCUCAAGAAAGCGAAGUGCGUGUACUACACUGACGCCAACAAAGUGCUCCACGAAGUGAAGGAUUUUUUGGAGACGAAGCUGAAAAAGGUGUUCCAGGACAUCCACAAAUGGAGUGUGGACCACGAGCCGCGUAACAAGAAGAACAAAAAGAACAAGGACGUGGCCAUGCAGCUCGCGGACGCGGAAAAUAACAUGAACGACGCCAUGGAGGACGACAACCGCGCGCCUUUUGGGAUCCAGGAGGUGGAGUCCGUGUUUUACCAGUUGCGGAACAAGCUCCACGAGGUUAAGGACCUGCAGACGCGGCUGGAGAAGUUUUACGACACGGAGUCCGCCAGCAGCCCGUUGGCCGACAAGGUGCACUUUGAGCUCGCGAAGUUGGUCGCCGAGAAGAGCAAGAAGGAGAAGAAGUCGCACGAGAAGUUCUGCAAGGAAAUUUUCGCGAAAUUACUGAAGGCCGAGACGGAGCUGGAACUGUCGUCCGGCCGCUUGGUUUCCGCGCAGACCCUGUGGCAGUUUUUGUCCAGCAACAACCAGCUGAAGCUGGUGAUCGCCGACUCGAGCCUGGUCGAAACUCUGGUGAAAAAGUGGCAGUCCGUGUUAUUACAAUGAAAAAUGCCCCCACCCCCGAACUUGAAAGCAUUUGUAUUGCAAAUCUUUCCAAAUGAAACAUUCGCCCUCUUGUGUGUAUCAGCAUCACAGAUUUCCGAUCGUGAAUAGCAGAAAUUUGUAUUGCAAAAGAUCCCGCCAGCAAGAGCGGUGCUUGUCAUGCAAGCGAUGCAAAACACGACUAGAAUCUGCAUCAGAAAGAUUCGCACUCCUUUCAUGCAUGACAAAAAGCUUUCAUUUGGAAACUUCGCAUCACAAAUUCUCGCAAUUUCAGGGGUGGGGGGCAUUUUUCACUCUGAUACGUGUUCGCGGAUUCACUGUCGGAGGAGAUUCUCACGUCCGGGGCGUUCACGGAGGACGACUUCACCAACUGGAUCACGAAGUUCCACUACGCGGUGAAGAACCCGGUUACAAGCACGGCGGACGCGGAGUUGGGGGAGCUGAACACGAAGGUUCGCGACCUGAAAUUCGGCGAGAUCUGCACGCAGGUCGUGUUUCCCAAACAGGAGUUGGAAAACCCCAUGAAGGCGAGCGAACAGGUAAAAGCGCCGGAACCGGUGCGCAUUAUGGUUGAAAUGAGCGACAAGGACACGGACGACAGGAUCGUCGGCUACGCCACCGUGGCGUCCGCGACCCGGAUCUUUUUGAAGCCCCUGGAAACCCGCGGGAUGCGGCUCACGGACUCCACCGCGUACCCCGACCAAACCGAGCUCAAGAAGGGCACCAUCGUAUCAAAAGGAAAAAUCCCCCCUCCCCAUAUCGAAAACGAAAUUUGUGAUGCUGUAUUUGAGUACACAAAUCGACUUGUAUUGCCAGAAGGCCAAGAGCCGCAGCUGGGGCCUCGUUUGCAGGCGAUUUGUCAUGCUGUUUUCCACUUCCAGCUGCCUCCUGUCAUGCUGAAGAAGCAAGGCUUUCCCACGCCACCCAGCACUACAGUCCGCAUCUUUUCCCUUCUAGCAUGACAAAGCUGAUCCGUGGCCACAAAUCUGCAUCAUAGAUUUCCGUUUUGCUUUUGAUAUGGGAAGGGGUUUUUUUUCUUCUUGAUAGAUCGUGCAAAUGGUCGGGCUCCCGUCGGUGCACGACGGACUCGUGUCGGUGAUGCCGUUGCUGAAGGAGGACAGAAUCGUCGGAAAAAUCCCCGUGGUGGUGCCAAAGCAGAUGUCCAUCGUGGCGCCCUUCCAAACCGUGGACUUCAAGUUCCCCGAAGUAUUCAAAGCGGACAACAACCCGGUUCCAGUGGCAGCUGCUCCCGCAGAGGACGUCGAUAUGGACGAGGUAAGAGAUAGAAGGAUUUUUUUGAACGGAUUUUUUUAUAUCGCAUUCAUGCAUACUCAACUUUUUGUUUAUUACAUACCGAAGAAGCUUGCGCCAUAUUGUUUUUCUGUGCUUCUUGUCAUGCGAAGCAAGCCACGACAUUCGCUUCUACACACUUCUAGUUCCAUGCACCACCUCCAUCAAAAACGAACCGUACCUUAGGCAAACCCCGGCGUCGAAGACGAAGACGAGGAACAGCCUCCCGCGGAGGAAGAGCAGGACGCUGCUGCAGAGGGUGAGGACCAAGAGAUGGGCGAAGGAGGCGAGGAACAAGAGCAGGAAGAGUAGAGUACAAGUAGCACAAAAUUUGAUGCUGAACAAUAAGUACAGUCUAAGCUGCUGAUGCCAGCUCUCCGUCCUGCCCAGGAAGAGGACCCUGCAAAGAUGAAGCUGCAGCCCACGGCGAGCAUCUGACUAGCGAUUACGUAACAUGCUGCUGGUGCUGCUGUAACACGGGACUCGUAGUACUCUCUGGGGCAUGCAGAUGAACAAGGAUCAGCAUAGCCAUACCAGCAUUUUUUUUUCCGGACCCGUGUUGGUGUGGAAAUGCAAAACCGAUCCAAGUGUCACAAGUUAAAUUGAAUGAAUCAACAUGUGGAUGAACUUCUUCAUGAAGAAGUCGAAAUAGACCACCAGAGAAGACCGAAGAGAAAUAAAAAAAAAAGCGACAAUGACAUCAAAACUAGUGUCACAAAACGAACAGAGAACACGGACGAAUGACGGACCCUUCUCAAGAUGUGUUUUCAAAAAACCUCGAGGAUGUAGCUUCUCAACUCUCCUCAACCUCAUAGUGAAAUACUUCAUCUUGCCGAAAAAUACAACGGAGCAUCUGGGGCGUUGUGCUACACCCUACACCCUGAUCAACUGUUUUUCUUUGCACACAUGCAACGCUGCAGAUGCAUUUUCAGUGGCGUUCUGUUGUGGAUACGCAGCAACUGUUCUCAUGUCGUACCGUAUCUUUUAUUCCAGC